AUGAAUCUUGGGGAACUCCUUCAAUGUUGUCAGUACGCACGAAGGCUCUAUAGGCAUCCAGAUGAGGUAGGUUGUAGCACAGCAUGCAUAGAUAUGGCUGUUGAAGUAGACUGGGAUGGGGAGUUUGAUCCUCAGAAUCCCAAGAACUGGCCUAGUGUAAAGAAAUGGAGGAUGACGCUCAUCGUGUCAUGUUUUGCUUUAUUGUCUCUAUUGACCAGUACUAUGAUCUCUCUUUCAACAAGAGAAAUUGCCCGAUCUAUCGAUGCAGACGAUCUACUCAAGGUUGAUUUGAUAUCAUCCAUAUUCUUACUGGGUAUCGGUUUUGGACCUCUCGUUUUGGGUCCUAUUUCUGAGAUUAACGGCCGUGUGAGGGUCCUUAUCCUUGGCAAUUUGUUUUUCAUCCUAUGGAAUACAGUCUCUGGCUUCUCCCAUACCGUUGGACAAUUGACUGCUUUUCGAUUACUUAGUGGAUUCGGUGGCAGUGCGCCUCUGGCCAUUGGCGGUGGGCUCAUGAGUGAUCUCUGGCAACCAGAAGAACGAGGAAGAGCACUGUCAAUUUAUACUGCCGGGCCUCUGCUUGGACCUGCCAUUGGGCCUAUCAUUGGCGGGUACGUUACCCAGCAUUUAUCUUGGAGGUGGAUAUUCUGGAUUGUGUCCAUCGCCAGUUCAUGCUUCAGCAUUCUCGCAAUAAGCCUUUUAAAAGAGACUUACGCCCCCAAAAUCCUUUCGAGAAAAGCCAAGCGGCUUCGUUUAGAAACGGGCAACACGAAUCUCCAUACGAAGUAUGAUGAUACGGAUCAGACAUUCUACAGAUUAUUGAAAGGGAACCUCGUCCGGCCUAUCAAAAUGAUAAGCACACAAGUCAUCAUUCAAGUACUCUCACUAUACAUGGCGGUACUUUAUGGAAUUAUGUACCUUGUACUUUUCACUUUUCCAAUAUUGUGGACAAACACCUAUAGGGAAUCUGUCAGCACGGGAAGUUUGAACUAUAUCUCGAUAGGAGUUGGUUUCACCUUGGGUACACAUGUUGGCGGACGCUUCAACGAUUGGAUAUACGGCAAGCUAAAGACCCGAAAUCAUAAUGUCGGCACUCCAGAAUUCCGGGUCGCACUGAUGGUACCAGGAUCAGUCCUCCUUCCUAUAGGUCUCAUUUGGCCCAACAUUGGUUCAGCAAUUUUUUGCAUGGGAACCAUAAUGUGUUUUCAAGGUAUUCAGACCUACACGAUCGAUGCCUAUCCACGCUAUGCAUCGUCAGCAAUAUCUACUUUGAAUGUUCUGCGAAGUCUGACAGGUUUUGCUUUCCCUUUGUUCGCGCCAGCAAUGUAUGACAAACUAGGGAAUGGAGUUGGGAACUGUAUUCUUGCUUCUGUCCUCAUCGCGCUUGCUGCAAGUGUCCCCGCCUUACUGUGGAAAUACGGAUCAUUUUUGAGAAAGAAAAGUGGCUAUGCUGCUGGCGAUGGGAAUUAG